UACUGAGCUCCUGUUCCUCAAAACUUUCUCUUUCUCUUUCUAUAUUGAAUCCUUCUUGACUUUUGUUUGUGUCACUAGCUUCUUCCAAAUUACCCGCUUCAUAAAUUUCUCUGUCUACAUGGUGUUCUCUGUUUGCGCUAUAUCGAUCCAAGCUUCUCUUUUGGCCGUUUGGGGGGAUAAUGGCCACUAGUUUCAUCCUCCAAUCCUCCUAUUAUCAUCUCUGUUGAAGUGCGUGGAAGAAAGUCAUUUUGAGGUUUUCUCCGGAUCCGAUCGAAAAAGAGCCGGAAAGAGGAGCGAGAAAGUCCGUUUCAAUAAAAGAAAGAUCCCUUUUACCCAAGCUUUCCGGGACCUUGACUCCUUUUUCUGCUGGCCUCUGUUUUGUGAAGCUUCUCCUUUUCUUCCACAUCUUUUACAAGUCUUCAGACUUCUCCUGUUAUCUCCAUUUCCUUUGUUUCUUCUUCUGCGUUGCGAAUUCGGGUUCGUUAGGUGAAGAAUGGGGGUAAAGGUUGCUGCUACCUGUUUGCAUUGGUCGCAGUCUGUUGUUCCUAACUCCCCUUCCUCUUCUCAGACCUACGCCUCUCCAAUCUUAUCCCCUUCUAAAAGACAAAGUGGAAACGAUAGGGCUAUUCAUUGCCGAUUUGUUCAUCGACAGGAUCGUUCGUCUCUGUUCGAUGGGUCAUCGGCCAAGCUCUUGAGGUCUAGGUCUUGCGAGUAUAAGAGAUCCAGAGGCCAAACCUUGAGGAGAGCUUCCAGCGCUAGCUUAGAUGGAUCAUUCUCUGACGAAGAAUUCGCCAAGCAGAUUCAAGAAUUAGCGUUAAAGCUCCACCUUGCACAUGGCGACGGCGAAAUUAGCAACGUUACAAAAACAGAAUCAGACGAAGUAGCCAAUUCCAGAGAUAAAGUAAGAGAAAGCAGCACCAGUAGCAGUAGUAAUAGUGUAUUAAACGAGGAAUUUUCCAGAAUCCAUAGUAGCAUAAACCUUGUAAAAAGUCCCAGAAUAUUUCCCCCAUUGGAGCUUCUUGAUUCGGUAGAGCCUCCUUGGCUGGUAAUCAGUUCGGAACCGCCAGGAUGGCUGGAAAGAGACGAAAUUAUCCCGGCCAACAUAGAGCGGAAGGCGAACAGCGUCGACAUCCCUCUGUCUCUUCGUAUGAUAAAGAAGAAAAGGCAAUGGCAAGAAGGAUUCAGAGAAGCAGGGGAGUCAGCAUACUGCUCCGUGAAGAAAGCCUUCUCUUCGAUGGUGUUCAUCAUCCGGGAGCUUCACAAUUAUACCUUGCAGAUGCGGGAGAUUCUUUUCUAUGAAGAUGUGCAAGGGAUUGUGGCCCGAGUGCAGAAAGAGAUGCAUGCCUCGUUUGUUUGGCUCUUUCAGCAGGUGUUUUCGCACACACCGACUCUUAUGGUUUACGUUAUGAUACUGCUUGCGAACUUCACUGUGUACUCUAUGGGCCAUAAUACUGCCAUGGCAGCAGCAUCUCCGGCUGUGGAAUCUUCAAUUGCUACCAUUGAGACCGUAUCGUUGACUGAUGACGUGCGGAGUCAAAAGCAGCCCAGGUUCGAUUCUUCGACGAUGAAGACAUUUUCUGUUUCAUCCUCGGUCGGGAAAACCGCCUUCGUUGGGGGGAACAAUGGUGGUGGUGGUGGUGAUAAGGUGCGGCCGGUGGCCAGUGGAACCGACGGUGAUGGACGAUUUGAUGGUUCAUCGUCGUCGAACCAGCAUCAGACCAUUCUGCCAGAUGAGAUAUCUCAGGUGUCAUCAUUUGGGAACCCGACAGCGUCGAAGGAUGGUAGCGAGUCGGGAACGGUGUUGGAAUCGGAGAGCUGGGGAGUACGAGGGGAGGAAGAGAAAAAGUUAUGGAAUGCGAUCGUGGAGGAGGCAGAGAGAAUGCCAACGGUGAUGGGGGACGAGACUCUGGACAAGGAGACGAUGCGACGAUUGGUUUCACCGAUUACGGUGGGGGUUGAGCCGGAAGACUACACGGACUACUUUAGGACAGAGCUUCUGUAUCAGCAAGCAUUGUCUCAAGAGCCUAAUAAUCCUCUCCUCCUCGCCAAUUACGCUCAAUUCCUCUACCUUGUCAUGCACGAGUACGACAGAGCGGAGGAAUACUUCAAGCGAGCAGUCCGGGUAGAACCAGGGGACGCGGAGUCGUUGAGCCGGUACGCGAGCUUCUUGUGGCUGGUGCGGAAGGAUCUAUGCGCAGCGGAGGAGACGUACUUGGAGGCCAUAGCGGCCGAACCAGGCAACAGUUCUUACGCGGCCAGUUACGCUCAUUUCCUGUGGAACACUGGUGGCGAGGACACAUGUUUUCCUCUCGACGGCCCCGACGGCAUCGACAGCAACGACCACUACGAAGACUAGAAAUAGACAGAAGUCUGGCUGAUGCCUGAUAUUCCUAUACAGUAUACACCCAUGUUGAUGUAACACGCUGAGGCCGCCAUCUCUCUCUGUUCUUUAUUUCUUUGUUAAUAUUAACGAGAAUAAAUGGAAAACAGGAGAAAAGAAUAGAUCACAUUAGUAGCAAUGAGAAAUGUUGUUGAUAUUUUUGUUUUCUUA